AAGAUACAAGUUUAGAUCGGACAGCGGCACCAGAGAAACGGACAGAACGAAAACGUCGCGUUGUACAGUUCCGUGAAGUCACUCGGUAUUCGGUAUUGUAGGCGUUUCGGUGCUUCGUGCUUUAACUACAGGUGUUAUUCGGUACGAUGACCGUUGACCCUCGAGGGGGUCACUUUGCGACAUGUCCUCCCCAUGGCAGGAGGGCUGUCUAGCCCGGUGUCAGGACUGCGCUAACGCUUGUCCCCAUUUUCCCGGGCUUUCGCACGAAGAACCAUACAAAAGAUUUAUGACAAUCGGGCCGGUGCGUUACGGUAUGCGCGUGGGGGCGGUAAGUCCGCCGCCCCCAGGCGCAGGUCCGCGGUACCGAUCCCGAACGUGCUGCUGGCCGGCAGCCCCUCAUGAUACGACGUCCAGGAUCCCCCUGCUUCCCGUCGCGGCUUCUCCUAUUAAUAGUCUGGAUAUAAUUAGUUGUGCAAACAGAUCGGAGGACGCUGCAACGUCAGAGCAGACGCAGACAGUACGAGACCAUGUUCUGUACCCGGGCGGAUGUUUGUUGAACAAACGGUGCGCCCUUGUGUAUUCGCGCCUCGUCGACGCAGAACCCAAAGACGAGAUCGCAACCCUGGACCGAUUGCCCAGGUUCCGCUUCGGCGGAAACCGCGCAGAAAAGCGAGGGAGCGACAAAUUUCGGGAGUUAACGGAACGAUUAAAACGCAGUGCCGCCUUUGCGCCCGUACCGCCACCUCGACGGCAUACGCGUGCCACUCCGCCGCCUCCCGAACCGCCACUUCUGGCACAAAGGGCUCCUCUACCGUUGCGCAGUGCCUCUUUUUCGCAAGUGGAUUAUUGUCCGGAUGAUAAUAAGUACGUGCGUCGCAACAACCACCAGGACUCAACCGACACCUCGCACAACACGUUGCCUCGACCUAAGAACCUGCCGAAGGGCAAGCAAGAUGCGUUCACUUCGACUUCGCCCGUAGUGGAGCAUUUGGAACAGUUCUCGCGCUUGGCACCUUCCAAGGACAUUCCAGAGGUUCAGAUUAUAUCGGAAUCGCCAGAGAAAACUCUAGUGCGACCACCGCAGGACUCUGUGGGCAGCAGCAGCAUCCAAGACCGUCGCCGUGACAACUCGAGAAAGAGGGAAGGCAUCUACCUAUCACAGUGGCCUGCAGAAUAUUACUCGAACGACGUAGGCAGUAUUCUGCCCAAGUACGAGGCAGAAGACAUUGUGGGCACAUGCGAAGAAACCAACAGCAAUCAAGAAUCGUCGAUAAUAGGCAGUAGCCUUCAAGAAGAACCAGAUAGCCCCCACGAUACUGGGACUUCAUUAGAGUGGCUAACUUCGAACAGCCACUACAGUAACACUCUCAACAACAACAACAACAGACAAUCGUGCCAAUCUCCUGAUCAGAAAGACUCACUGAAAGUUGCUCUUUCUCGAAGCAAUAGCUUGUUGAGGUCCGACUCUCUAUCCGAGGGCGAACCGGAAAGCACAGAACGAAGAUUCGACCAAUUAAGUUUGGUACCUUCAGAUGUUUCAGACUGCGAGAGCAGAUUGAGUGCAAGCACUGACCCCUCGAGUUCCAGCAUCCCCCGCAGAUACUCAAAAAGGCCUUUAAGAGGACCGUACGGUCAAAUGUUGGAAGCAGAGAUGAAGAAGCCGGAGUCACGGAAGAAUAUAAGCAGUGACUUGAAAUUUCUGGAAGAUCUUUCGUCGAGUAGCACCAGCCGAAACAAACACAGUCGUUCUCGAGGAUGCAAUAGCUCCAUCGACGAAACCUACCUGAAAGAGGCUAAAAGUCUCCCGGUGACUAAACGAAAAGUUAGCGCUGAUAAUUUAAUGGUCGAGCCAGUGACAAAACAUACUUUACUACCGAACCACCAGCGCACAACUUCAAGCCCUUCAAAGUUGGAGGGUUUCAGUCAAACUCCCGAAGUGUCCAGUGAACUCCUGGAGCAACUUUUGAGAGGCAGCUCUGAGCGUCUUGAAUCCAAAGAACCAGGACCGCAAAUUCCAAAUGAUACCAGGACCCAUGUGAUCAUCGAACUGUUCGAUAAUGAGAAGAUCUAUGUCGAAUCACUACAAAUUCUAAUUUCGCAAUUUUGGGAGCCUCUUAAAAAGACUGACGGGUCAUUAAUAGAUCCCGUUCUAGUAGAAGAACUGUUUUCACAGGUGCCCUAUUUGCGUGAUCAACAUAAGCUUUUCUUGGAGAAUCUUAAAACUCGCCUUAACGAAGAUUGCGAGAAUCGAGCAAACAUAGGAGAUUUAUUAAUGCGACUGCUGAGUGAUCCGGUUGUAAUUGAAUCCUACGUGAAUUAUGUGAAUAACUGGAAAAAAUCCAGAGAGGUUAUAAAACAAGCACAAACUGCUCGACCUAACUUUGCUAAAUUUUUGGAGACUGCGAUGAAGAGCAACUCUAUGAAACUGUCCCUCGACUCACUUCUAAUAAAACCCAUACAAAAAUUUCCAAAGUUAAAAUUGCUACUUCAGAGACUGUUAAAACACACAUCUGAAGAUCAUCCUGACUUUGAUUAUCUAUGUAGGGCCGAAAAAGAAGUCCAUGAGCAACUGUUAAAAUUAAAUUGUACCGAAAAAGAGGCUGUGGAAAUAGAUCAAUUGAGAGAGUUGGAAAGUGUCAUUGAAGGGGCAUUGGAGCUAGUUUCCUUUGAUAGACAAUUUAUGAGACAAGAUAUUGUAGUUAUGUCUUAUGGAGGGGGUGUUAAAAAGGAAAGAGCGUUUUUUCUCUUGACAGAUUUGCUCUUGAUAACGGUCAUAAAGAGAAAAACCACGCCGAAGAAGACAAGUUCGAGUGGAAGCUCAACUAAUACAGAUCCAUACAAAUAUAAGCUAAUGAUGAAAAUACCUUUAGACGAUAUAGAGAUAAUUCCGAUAAGAAAUUCGCACUACGAAGAGUUGCAGUUGGAAACGCAGAAAAUGAGCAAAGACAUUGAUCUCCUCAACGACAUCCACGAGUUGAGCGCGAAGUUGAAUUGCAACCAUUCUAGCUUAGACGACGUGGUUAAGGAUAUGGUCACUAACUUAAAUAAAGGGCUUAAAGCUCAAGAACGAACUGAUCUAAUCAUGUCACACUUCACUGUUUCAACACAAAAAGGCGUGGAAAUUGUGUCCAUUAUAUUCCCGGAAUCGGAAGUUCGGUUCUCUUGGGAAUAUUGUAUUAGCGAAUGUAAAACAAAACUUGGUAAGCGACCGCCUCCAGAAUUGGUAUCAACAGUCGCUUUUCGAAAAAUUCGAUCGGGCUUACAAUUCUCCUGUGUUGCCCCGUCUUUGAGCGAUGGACGCGACAUUUGGGUCGGCAGCAACGAUACCUUAACUGGCCAGAUCUGCCACAUAACUUUGAAUGAAAAACUCGAACCAAACAUUAGCUCUUGCAACGGAUUUGGAGCGAACCGAGUAGCUUGCAUCACUUCAGUCCCAGGCCCUAGCUUUUGCAGCAGAGCUUCUUCGUGUAGUUCCAUCAGGAACAGAGACAAACUACAACAGCAAAGAGCAUUUCAAUUCGACAGCGACUCUUCAGGCGACGAACCCGACCCUACAGAAGAUGAACAUAAAGGCGCAGAAACCUGCAGCGAUGAGCCAGACAAAUUGUGCACCAUGUGGAUUGGAAAUGAUGAUGGUUCCAUUUUCGUUGUAAAUGCUAAUGACCAUAUCCGUCUAAAGAAGCAUAAGCUGAAAAUCCAGUUGGGUUCUGCAGUGCUAUGUAUUGUUUAUUUGGACCAUCGAGUGUUUGUGUCCCAAGAGAACGGCAACAUCGCCAUUUUUGAAAGAGACGGCAAGGGAGGAUGGAAUACAAACAACCCACGACAAGUGCCGGUAGGAAAUGGAACAGUGGCUGUGACCAAAAUGGUUGCAUGGACGUCGAUGCUGUUUUGCGGCUGUGGAGACAACAUCGUGCUUUUUAAUCCCAACAAUUUGGAAAAAGCGGCAGUCUGUGUGCUUACCGAUCCAAAAGCCGCUGAACCUUUGAUUAUCCAGUGUAUGCUGGUUCAUGGGAACUCUUUAUUGGCUUCUUUACAAUUAUCAGCAAUCGUCAAAUGUUACAACGCAGUAACGCACGAUUUACUUUAUGAAAUUGACAUUACUCCGACCAUAAACACUAUAUUUCAUGUUUAUGACGAUAUUAUUCGCCAACACAAAGCAGCAUGCUUGAGAGUGACGGGAUUGGUGCGGUGCAAAGAUCUUCUGUGGAUAGGAACUUCGUCUGGAGCGCUGCUUACCAUGCCAUUUCCUCAUGUAACACAUUCAACUGGCAAAUUUACCAUCAUACCACCACUUACUGCCCAAAUGACUGGCCACAUUGGGCAAGUUCGAAUAUUAACAUCAGUAGAGGUGCCCUGUUCGUAUCCGAGAAAAGGCACGCCAACCAAGAAGAGAACCAAGGCGGACAUUCCGCAGUCACAAUAUGUAGUAAUAUCCGGUGGAGAUGGGUAUGAAGACUUUAAGACUCAAAACACAUCAGAAGGAUUAGGCCGUGAAGAUUCGACUAACUUUUUACUGAUAUGGAAAAUUUGAUUCAAGAAUGACGGGCUAUUCAUAUUUGAACCGUCGAAGUGUCAGGAAACGCUUAUAUAGCCCGAAAGAAAAUGCUUCCCGUUAAAUCUUUGGUGGAAACUUAAGAAGGGAAGAUGUAGUAAGCCAAAUGGAAUUUUCAGAAGACAAGACAAUAACUGAAAUAAAUUAGCGUAUUGAUGCUUUGAUUAUUCAGAUAUUUUCGGUAUAUGUAUGAUUAUUAAACUACGACAUAUAUCAGAGAAAGAUAUUUUUCAAAAUCACUCAAGUUGUGAUAUGGGCAACUUAGAUGUUUGCUUUACUUUUGGAGCAGGUUUUACUCGGCUAUAAAGAUACAUUUUCCCGUUAUUUAGGACGCACACUGUAUAUAAGGUCAAUUAGCCACUCUUUACAUUAUAUUUCCGCGCCAUAUCUUUCUUAUACCAGUAAAACUUUCUUGUAUACAUGAUUGAGAUUUAAUUUAAUAUCGCACUGCCUCAGCUGACAAAAAUUUACGGAAAUAAUUUGCAUUGAGCAGUGGUUUCAUUUAGUAUAAAAUAUAAAUCUAACUCGACUAGAGAGAUAUAUUUUUGAACAUAUUUAAAAGCACAUCCACAAGCACGAUGCCAGACAACAUAUCCUCACAACUUUAUAAUUAUUCUAAUUUGGCUCUGAUUUAAACAACUACAGGGUAUAUUUAAGGACGGAUAAUUAUCUUUGCAUUAAUUGCAUGCCUAGACCGGACUGGUAUGAAUCGUCUAGAUGUACAAAAUGCCACUGUUUAGUUCAAAAAACAAGAGUGUAUUUUUAUAUUUAUGAUAUGUAGAUAUAUUCAAUUAACUAAAGCAAAUGGUGUUAACGUAAAUUGUAGAUUUGUUCUCCAAUGGAUAUAAGGAAUUUGUAAAACUGAGUAAAAAAGGUAAAAUGUUAUUAUAUCGAAGUUAAAAAGUAUUUGUCCGAAGAAGUCACUGUGAAUACAUAUUUUAGAGAGGAUGCCAACUAUUCACUCAACACAUAUCAUCCAUAGUUAGUACCUAGCUAUUGGUGCAAAGGCCUAUUGAAAUAAUUUCUUAUAUUUCAUUUAAGAGAGGUUAUUAAUGAAAAAUCUAUACCAUGCAAUACAUACAUACAACUAGAGUAAUGUAUAGAUAAUAAUUUAGUCAACCAGAUUGACAGUUUUGACAAUGAAUUUCUUAUAUUGGCAUCUUCAUCGAAUGAAUCCGAUUGAUGUGUGUAGGCUUUAGAUUGUUAGAAUGGAUAAGGUUAGUAUAGCAUUUCACGUCGAAGGCACUAGAACUCAUACGAAUGUUUUCAACCCAAAGCGUAAGGCAUCUUAAAACAAUUAUUGACUGCCGCACGCGCCUAAACAUUGAAACGUUUUACCUACUUAUAUAAUUUUAAUCUAUAUAACCAUCGAACAGUUUUGUUGGUAAUAGUAUGUUACGAGUGAUAAAUGAUGCAUUUGGAAAAAUGUGUGAUAGUAAGUUAUAAGCUGUACAGCCGUAUUAAAGGAUUUCACUAAAGAUAGGUUUAAACAAAUGGUUGUUAAUUUUUAGUUUGUGACUAAAUUUAUUGUUCCCAUAAUUGAUGUUGCUACUCGACCAACGUUUCACAUUUCUAAUCGAUUUUUGUUUUUGAAAAGUGUACGGUGUUUUCGAAAGUUGAUUAGAAGCUUGCCAAAAAAACUAUGAGUGUAAACCAUCAAUUUCCAAUCAAACGAACAUAAACGUUUAAUUGAAAAUUGUACAUACAGAUGGCCAUAUAACUAUUGAAAUGAAACAAUAUACUGUGUAUGUAAGAUGCAUUAAUGUUGUAGAAUGUUUAUUGCUCAAAUGCAAUAAGACGCAUUUAGAAAAAUAUAUAUCGAUGUAACGCUGUGUAAUAGUAUAUCUAAAAUGUACUUAAUGUGAAGAAUGCACGUAAUCACAUUUUACUUUAAGAACUGAACUUGGAAGAAGCGAUUAGCUAGCUUAGCUACUUUAUAAUUUUGAGGCCGUUAUGACAGCCUUUAAAGUAUUAUCAAUAUUGGAAACAAUUUUAUUUUAAGGGCUUAAUGCGUUCAGCAUGCUAGAUGUGAGUAGGCUCAUAUUAAUAUACUAUUUAUAAUAUAUAUUUUUGAAAUGUAAGAGUAUGGCGUAUGGCUAUGUCAACAGUUUCAAUAGGUAUACGAUUGUUAAUUACCGCAUUUGAAUUGUUCAUUUCUUGAUUAUAUAAAAAUAGUAUUUUUGAAACGUUUUUAAUGAACAUGUUGACAUAGCUUAUCGCUCUUUUUGGUGAACUUUAGAAUUAAGAUAAUUUCUGUUACAAGCUAUCAUCAUUUUCUGGCAAACUAGAAUGAUAAUAGUUAGUACUCGAACACGCCUAAAUCUAAGAAUAAAAUGCAAAUGUAGCUUUAAUUAAAAUAUGCUAAACAAAAGUUGGGCCAUAAAUCCUCAAUAUUUACUAAAACUUGAUAUACGAAACACUUCGGAAAAUCAAGAAAUCGAAUGAUAAUGUCUAUAAAAUGACAUAUUUUACAUGUUCACCUGUAUUAAUAUGAAUACCCAUUGGUGAAUAUAAGUUGACUUAUUUACACCUUUUUGGACACUGAGCGUUUGCUGUUAGAUAAGUUAGAUUUGUAAGUAUAUGUAUAUGUGUUUACAAAAAAAAUGUGAACAAUAAAAUUGCUUUAAUAUUUGUAUAAGAAUUUUCUUAGUAGUAAAGCGGCCUAAUUUUAUCUCAAAAAAUAAAAUUAUGAAAAUAUUUUGUGUAAAAAUAGUUUUAAUUUUAACACUAACCAAUACUAUAUCUAUUUAGUUCUAGCGGUAGAUUAAUUAUUUUGUAAUUCUAAAUAUAGUUAAUGAAUUCUGAAUUUUUAUAACUUUUAUCUAAAUAAAACUUAUGUUGUUCCAUUUACACGCAUAUUCUUUCAUUUUUGCAGGUUUUUGAUAUUCAAAUUUGCAUUUUCAGUUCAGAAAUUCUAUUUGACUGUAUUGAACGACAGACAGGGUUUUUUUUGGUUCAAAGUUUCAACAUCAUACUUAAUUCAAAAUAUGGAAAAUGCCUGACAGCAAAAAUAAGUAACAGAAAAUUAUGUUGACUGUAAUAUCUAUAAUUAAUUUAAGUUAAAUGGUUCGAAUUGUUUUAGAUUUGAUAACUGUUGAGUGUAUUUUUAAUAUGUCUAUUUAUAAAUUUCGGAUCUCGUUAUACCUUAAUUGUUUUGAGUAUGGACCUGUAUGCUCAUGCGAUUAAAUGCGUAUGUUUAUUUUAUAAUUCCUUUCGUGGGCGCUGAUUUAUUAGUUUUAAUGGUAACAAUAAAUAUAACACUUGAUAUACAUAUAUUAUAUUUUGUAAUGUAAAAUGAUUGUAAUAUAUUAAGUUUUUGUCCAAA